UUCACACACAAUCCAAUGGGGGAUCUCAUCUUCUCCUUCAAGACCCAGGAGCAUGGUCAGCAGAGGGCAAAGCACAACAAGAAGAGGUUAACCGAGGAGCAGGUUACGAUCCUCGAGAAAUGCUUUUCUUCCAACAUGAAGCUGGAGCCGGAGCAGAAGUUCCACCUCGCAAACCAACUCGGUGUUCCUCCGAGACAAGUUGCUAUCUGGUACCAGAACAAAAGGGCUCGCUGGAAGACUCAGAACCUUGAGGUGGACCACGGUGUUCUUCAGGCAAAGCUUGAGAAUGUGAUGGCGGAAAAGAAGCAGCUGGAGAAAGACGUGGAAAGGCUCAAAGCUGAGCUCAAGAAAGCCCAAGAGAUGCUGCUAAUUGGUGAUGUGGUGAAAGGUGGAAAAAAUAGUAAUUAUAACAGUGGUAACAAUAAUAAUAAUAAUAAGAAUAAUAAUGGUUCUUGCUGUGAGUUUUCAACUUCUUUUGAAGAGGGAGGGAAUUCAGGUGUGGUGCUUGAUGAUCAUGAGUGUUGGCAAAGUGGUGAGGUUAUGCAGGUUGAGGAACUCUAUGCUUACUUCAUGGGUGCAAAUUAUGGGUCAGGUUUGCAUGAGAAAAGGGCGUAAAAUAUAACAAACUUUUGGUGGUUUGUACAUUUUUCUUUUUCUUAUGCCCUUCGCCGGGAUCCCAAAAAGUAGUAGAAUUCGUUAAUUUUCAUUUUUGUUAAGUCAAGAAAUGUUGUAUAAAAUCCAUGUGCAUGUGUCACAGUGUGGCAAUGCAGAUCAGAGAGUGCCUUUC